AUGUCUCAAGAUGUCUCUGAAAUAACUUCUUAUUUUCCCGAGUCGUUUAACAUAGCAGGUUAUAUUAACAAAUCUGAAACACUCCAGAAUCUACUUCAUCUAAAUGUUAAUCUGAGCAAAAUUGAAAAAAGACCACAUAUAGUGCAUAAAAUAUUAAAACUCGACUUUGAAAAAGAUAUAAAGAAUCAAAUUCUCUUUUUAAAGGACUAUGUUGGUAUAGAAAAUAUUGGAAAUUAUAUAACUAAAAAUCCUCUGAUUUUGUGUGAAUCUUUAGAAGAUCUUCAAGUUAGGAUUAACUACUUAAGAUCAAAAAAAUUCAAAUCACAGGACAUUCUGCAUAUUAUACAAAAGAAUCCUUUCUGGUUAAUGUUUAGCACUAUUAGGAUUGAUAGGAGAUUGGGAUACUUUCAACAAAAAUUUAAUUUAUGUGGAGAUGAAGUAAGGCUGCUCGCAACUAAGCAGCCAAAAAUAAUAACUUACAAACUUCAUUAUAUAAAUACUAACACAUUUGUACUAACAGAAGAAAUGGGAUUUAAAGCAAAUGAAGUAAAACAACUUAUUCUACAUAAACCAAAUAUAUGGUUAACAAGUCAAAAAUCAUUAUUAGAAAGGUUCAACUAUCUUCACAAUAUAAUUAAAGUUCCACAUCUUACAAUAUUGCAUUAUCCUAAUGUGCUAUUAUGUAGAAAUUUCAGAGUUAAACAAAGACAUUUAUUCCUGAAAAGUUUAGGCCGAGCACAAUAUGAUUGUAAUAAAGAAAAUUAUAUACCAAUUAAAGCUUUAGUUGAAGAUACAGAUCUAGAAUUUUGUAAAACCUAUGCUAAAUGCAAUGUUGAUGACUUUAACAUAUUUUUAAAAACAUUA